GAGAGGAAAGGACAUUGACUGCUUCUCUGACUUAUCUCACCACUCUUAGGUGGGGGUUUUGAUUUGGUAUGAAGUUCCAAGUUCCAUCUCAAAUUUUCCAUCUGCCGGGCAAAGUUGGGUCUUUUUGGUAUUUCAUUACAUUAUUACAAUGCAAAGGAGUUGGCAACGUGGUGAUAUUCUAAGCACUUGGUUGUGAGAAAAGGGGGAGGGGAAAAAUUGGCGAUGGAGAAGGACCAGAAGCCAACUCUCUUAAAUCUGAUCUCGCUCCUCGACAAGAACCCAAGUUAAAAAGAAGAUAAAGGGGAAAGAAAAGCUGGGAGACGACUCUGGCCAGAAAGGGAGAGAGAGAGAGAGAGAGAAAGGAGGAGGGAGAGCGAAAGAGAGAAAAUCGACGCCAAUUCAUUAAUCGGAUACUCUUGUUCCAUCAUUUCUCCGCUACAAAUUGAAGAGUUUACUUGGAUCUCUGUUGGCUGCUGUUGAUUGCUUUUGAUUGAGAAUGUAAAUGUUCUGUCUCACAAUCUGACCAGUGAAUAACGGAGGGAAACGGUAGGAUUAGUCUUGUUGGUACAUGAGACUGAAGGUCUUAUAUAGUUUCGCGUGCUAAGCUGGUGUUUGUUUGGUUAUGGAUUAUGAUGGUAGCAUCGGUUUUACUGGCGAUGCUGCUUCAGUGAUUAGAGAGAUUCCAACCAAUAGUGGGGAUAGUUGGAUGCCUGGAUUGAAUGAUCAAGCAAUUUGGGCAACAGAGGAAGAUUAUAGAGCUUGGAAUGGAGAUUCAGAUUACAUGUCUGCCUCCAGCUUUGAUGGGCGGCAGUCACAAUCUCGAUCCGGAAGUGAACCAUCUCAAAAGAGGUCCAGAAAUGCACAGGGUGAUCCACAAGGAGGUGGAUUUGGCAGGGAAUCAUCUGUUAGUCGAUCAAAGGCAAUCGGCAGGAUGUUUUUCAAGACCAAACUCUGCUGCAAGUUUAGGCAAGGGACUUGUCCUUACAUAACAAACUGCAAUUUUGCACAUGGAAUAGAGGAACUGAGGAAGCCGCCUCCCAAUUGGCAAGAAAUCGUGGCUGCUCAGGACGAGGAUCGGUCUCAGAUUUUAGAACCAAGAGAGGAAAACCAGAUACCAGCUUUGAGUUCAUCAGGUAUGGGUGGAGAACAGAGAUCUUAUAAAGGGAGACACUGCAAGAAGUUCUACACUGAGGAAGGCUGUCCUUAUGGAGAUACAUGUACUUUCCUACAUGAUGAGCAGUCAAAAGCUCGGGAAAGUGUAGCCAUAAGCUUAGGACCUACAGGUGGUAGCGGCUAUGGCAAUGGAAAUAAUGGAGGCAAUGGAUCUAAUCAGAAACCUUCAAACUGGAAAACUAGGAUUUGUAACAAGUGGGAGAUGACAGGAUAUUGUCCAUUUGGGAACAAGUGCCACUUUGCUCAUGGGUUAGGAGAGCUCCACAAGUAUGGAGGGGGCCUUGUUGAGGACGGUCGAGAUUCUUCUUCGGUGUCUGCUGAUUCAAAGCAGGUCGGGUCGUCUUCAAAGGUGCAGGAUGUCACUGCAUCUCUCGUGCCAGUUGCACAUCCAGAGGUCUAUGGUAUGGGGGUUCCAUCACAGAGAUCUGUUGGCAUAAGUCAGCGACAGGGGCCACAAAGGCCCUCACAGCAGAAGUGGAAAGGUCCAGAUAAAAUCAGUAGGAUUUAUGGUGAUUGGAUUGACGACAACGAGUGAUGCACUAAAGCUAAAGCUUGUCCUGCUGUUAUAGCAUGAUGGUAGAAACCAUCCACCACAUCAUGUUCAUGUAGGAUGAGUCUGAUGGUUAUCAAGCAACUCAAAAACUAUGCUUUGUGCAAUCUCUAAGUUACCGUUCCCCCUUUCUGGCAGUGGCUGGGAUUUUGAAGAGGAGUGGCAUCUUCGUCGAGGCUAGAAAUAACCAUGGGGAUUCCGUGUUGUUUGAUUUGAAAAACUCCAUGAAGAAGGAGAAAUUAGUCUAUUGCCAGCUAGUUCUUUUAGUUAUUGACAAUCCUCAUCCGACACUGGUGUACAUGGCGCUGAUGGCCGAUGUACCCCUGAAGAUAGUCAGCUGAUAUCCCGGAUGUAGAAUUUUUCAGGUCAAGGUCCUCGUAUGGAGGUGAAAAUGAACUAUCAUCUUA